AUGUCAGCGAUCCUCGACUCGCUGCCGACCCUGGCCAAGGAGCCGGGCGUGACCAUCAACGGCAAGCGUACGCGCGUCCCAGCACGCGUCGCGCUCGGACAAGUGUCAGUCCCACAUCCUUCUUCUUCAGCUGGCCCCUUCGGAGCUGCAGGCUGAUCCCAUAUCUACCCUCGACACGAUCCCACAGCACACCGAACAAUCUGGGCACACUCAAAAAGCUCAACUGGGUCCGUUCACCCCACUAAAUCCAUCCCCCUCCCCCUCGACCCCCUUCAACCUCCCGCAGCUGAUCCCAGUCACCAUUCCCUCCUCAGGUGCUCUUCCCCGUCCACUACUCGGACAAGUUCUACUCGACCUUGCUCGAGCACAACCUCGAACCCUAUUGCAAACUCAGUCCGUGCCCAAACUCACUCUGCUGCCUCUCCGUCCCGCUGACCGCCGGCGCUUUCCCCCACCACAGUCUACUACCAAGACCUCCCCGUCGGCAACCUCGUGUCCCGAUUAGAACCCCUCGCCCCAGAGACCGACUCUUCAUCCGAAGCCAAACCAUCCACUCCCUCGACGACGACGACGCCGGUGCCGGUGCCGACAAGACCCCACGUGAAACUCUACAUCAUGACCCUCGGCAUCCUGUCCCCGUACCGCCGUCAAGGUCUCGCGACCAAGCUCUUGCACUCGGUCCUCCAAGCCGCCGAACGGUCCCACGAACCGAUCCCGCCCAAACCGACGUUCCCCUCCCAAACCGACCCUCACUCGAACCACCCACCUUCCUCCAAGAAAUCCAAAACCUCCGCUAGCUCAGCACCACCAGCCAAAUCGGACAAGGACCAGGAAGAGGAAGAAGAAGCGGCCAAGAAGCUCAAGAAGAAACAAGAGAACCAACUUCGCGAAUGGCAACUCCAAGCCAAGAGUGAGAUCGUCGAUAGCGUUUACGUUCAUGUGUGGAAGGGGAAUCCGGAAGCCAGGGCGUUUUGGGAGAAACAGGGGUUCGAAAUGAGCGUGAGUAGAGAGACACCUCGGUCCGUGUGGGACGUAUAAUGUGCGUCGAGUCUGACUGUCGACUCGGGUUUCGCGGUGAUCGUCCACAGGGAGAGAUUAAGGACUAUUAUCGCAAGAUCGAACCGAGGGACGCGUGGGUACUGUCGAAAAAGAUCACACCCAAGCCAGAGUGA